CGAGAAACCAACGGUCUAGCAUCUUUGGUAUCAUAUCUUUGUGAAGAAGUGAGCUCGUACGUUAGCUAUGGUCGGAAUUAUCUGUGGUGAGAUGUAAAUUAUAAAUCAUGCAGGAUGUUGUGACUUUAUGAAAAACUGAAAUGUCUUCAUGCCAUGCAGAUGAAAAUUCUCAGUCCACUAUAAAAUCCAGAGUUAUUGGUGUCAAAAUUGAUGGCACUGAGACAGACAUAGUUUUAAAUGAGUACAGGGAUCGACUCUUCAUUAUAUUGACGCAAUAUAAGAAAUUUGGAUCACUUAUUUCUAUAUGCAAAGAAACAGUACACAAUAACAACGGUUGCAGUGAAGUGUAUCAAGUUAGAACAAUUCUUGGUCAGGAAAACACAGCAUUUCACCUGGCUGUUCGCUACUUGACAGAACAAACUCAGAUGACCAAACCAGCAUUAUACUCCAUCUGUUUGAAGGACUGCAGCGUACAGACAUUGAAAGCUAUAAAAGAAAUAAUUCUUCAGAAUAAGACGUGGUGAAGCACGGAAUGAUGAACAGCUUUGGACAGCUUAUCAUAGGGCCGCCCGGAAGUGGCAAGACAACAUACUGUCAUGCAGUGAGCAAGUUCCUUGAAAGCAUUGGCAGGAAAGUGGCAAUUGUCAAUGUUGAUCCGGCAAAUGAUACACUGAUUUACAAGGCAGCUGUAGAUAUUUCUCAACUGAUAAAACUAGAGGAUGCUAUGAAUUCUUUAACACUUGGGCCAAAUGGAGGGCUGUUGUUCUGCAUUGAAUUCCUUGAAAAGAACAUGAACUGGUUGCUGCAACAACUAUCUAAUUACAAGGGCCAUUACUUCCUGUUUGAUUGCCCUGGACAGGUGGAACUGUACACACACCACAGUUCUAUGAAGAAUAUAACGGCAAACCUUUUAAAAUACGGUUUCCACUUAUGUUCAGUACACCUUGUGGACGCCCAUUAUUGCAGUGAUCCUGGUAAAUUCAUCUCUGCAUUAUUGCUGUCACUGUCUACAAUGCUGCAAAUGGAGCUGCCACAUAUCAAUGUAUUGUCCAAGAUAGACCUUGUACUUCAGUAUGGGGACAAGAUGCAGUUUGGAAUUGAUUUCUAUACAGAAGUACUUGACCUUGGAUAUCUGCUAGAAUCUCUCGAUGAGAAUCCCAUUACUCGCAGGUACAAAAAACUAAACACAGCGCUGGUAUCACUUGUGGAGGAUUAUAGUUUAGUAACCUUCAUACCACUAAAUGUCCAAGAUCAACAGUGCCUCUUGCGACUUAAGAAUGCCAUUGACAAAGCCAAUGGCUACAUAUUUGGAUCCAGAGAAGAACGUAAUGUACAAGCAUUGCUUUCAAGUGCUGUAGGAGCAGAAUAUGAACAGGAACGGAGUGGAUUUGUAAGAGAUACGUAUUCAGCUGAUACAACAGAACAUGAUGUAGACCUUCUGUAAUUUAAAACUGUCCUUCCUCAUUGGAUUUUAGUAUUUUUGUUUCUAGAAUUGAAAUCAUUCUUUUAAUAUAGAAGUCUUUGUAAUCAUGUGGAAGUGUGUCUAGAAGUUUUGUUGCAUUCUCAACCAUCUGGAUGGCCUGAAAUAAAAGAAACGUUUACUGUUUCGAUUAUCAAAACUUUGAACUGGUUUUCAUUUGGCUUGUGUUACUGAAUAGCAGUAAAUGAAUGUUUUAUUAAAUAGUACUGUUUCCUAUAAUGUCGGUGGUCUAGAUUGUUUAGUUUACAGUUAAUUUGACUAUAUGGUUAGUAUUGAACUUUGCUGGUUUAUAAGCCAUAGGGAAGUAGAGUACAGUAUGUAUGUAACUUCAAAUAGCUUGUGUCUGUAAUCUUAACCUUUAUCAUCCAUGCACUGGAUCACACUACUAUGUGGCUAUGCUGUUUGCCAAUUAAUAAGGAGUAAAAGUCAAAACUGCUGCA